UUGGUGCGUCGCGACGACCUGCCGCAAUAGUUUACAACUCGAAUGUUUUCACUUUCACUACGACGGCGGCAACCGGCAAGAGUAGACGCGUGUUGUAGCUUGCGAACGAACGGUUUCGCCCGUUACCGUUGGUGUGUGCGUUGGUUGUUUGCGCGGACAUGACUCGAAGCGGUUGAGGAUUUCGAUACAACACCGUCGCGGAUGCCAACUCAGUGGACCAUCCCGUUUCGAAUGAUGAUGAUUGUAAUAGAUGUUUAUUAUGUUUUCUGAGUGUGAUUGUUGUGCUGUCCAAACCAGUACCGGUGUAAUGGUACCAAGUACGAAUAUUAAGUGAAAGUAAUAAUAAGCCUCAGGUGAAAAAAUUGUUAAAUUUAUGAUGCCAAAAAGUUCUGUGUAGGAUACCGUGCUUCAAAGUGCGGCUUACUGAAAAAAAAUCUAAUCUGUUGUGCUCGGUACAUGUGAUAAACAGUGCAGUUCCCGCCGAACAAUAGGGGUCAUGUCGAAGAAUGCUUGUGCCGAUCUUGAAGCGAACAAUUUGCUAAUAUUAUUAGUCCCAAGUGAAUGCACCGUACCGGCUAUGAAAGAAGCGAAACAUUGGAUGCCGCUUUUCAGUUCAUAAUUCCCCCGAAGAGGAUUUGUGUUUCAAGUUGACAUGAAUGCUUCCCGUCGGAUUCAAGGUUGCCGCUAUUUACAGUGUGGAUAACAAAAGACUUGUGGUUUUGUUUUGAUCUUUACAGUAUAUAUGUGAGUAUGCGUGCACAACGGUCCGGGGGAAAGCGAUACAGUGUUUGAAAACGUACGAUUAUUUAUUAAUACCAAAAUUAUGUGGGACUAUGACAUCUACGGAGGAAUUAAUUGAUAUUACCAACUCUUUUCUAAGCCGAUUGUCUCCGAAUUCCGAACUCACCCCCGUCUUCGUAAGAACAGUCACCAUAAGCAGGAAAAUGCCAAUCGGUCGGAAAACGUGCUAAAUUACCGCGCCCCCGUCGCAUCAUCACACUACCAUCCGGCUGGCUAAUCAGACGUUUCGCAGCUCAGCAGCUCAAUGGAAUUCAAUUCAAUUAAUUGUACCGACAACAUCGGCUCGAGCCACAAUUGGACCUGUUUCGUUGUUCACUAUGAUACGGAGCCGGUACUCUCCGGCAUGGUCCCGUCUACCGGCAUCAAUCUUAGCACACUGCAGCUCGACGGGCUGGAGCUUGAGGCAGACCUCAAGGACUACACGCUGCUGAAGUUCGAUCCGGCGUACCAGCUGCGGUACGGCGUACUGGGGACGGUUCUGCUGAGCGUGGCGUACUCGUUGGUCUUUAUCGUCGGUCUACUGGGGAACAUCUCGGUCGUGAUUGUGGUGAAGAAGAGCACCAUGAUGCGCUCGCCGACGAACCGUUUCAUCGUGAAUCUGGCGUACGCUGAUUUAUUAGUCAAUUUUAUAUGUCUGCCGUUCACCCUGAUAGGGAACCUUUAUCCCGCCUGGAUCCUGGGAGUGUACGUCUGCAAAACCGUAUCCUAUCUUCAGGGCGUCUCGGUAUCCGCCUCGGUCAACACGCUGAUGGCAAUCUCGAUCGAACGCUGCGUGGCCAUUUCGUUUCCCAUCUCCGGCACCAUUACCACCAGGCAGUACCGUGUGAUCGUUUCAAUUAUCUGGACAGUCGCCCUUAGCAUAAAUCUUCCGUGGCUGUUUGUGUUCACGUUGAAACCGAUUGGGAUUCCCGGCAGUCUGGCACAGAUCUGCACGGAGCUGUGGCCUUCGCCGGCAUCGGAAAGUUGGUACUUUCUAUUUGCGAACCUAUUCCUGUGCUAUCUCGGCCCGCUGAUUGUGAUAUCAAUUUGCUAUCUCAUCAUUUGGAAAAAUGUCGCCUACCGGAAGCUUCCCCGGGAUCUGAUUAUCAGCCGGAAAAAUGAGGUCUUUAACAAGAGCAAGGUGAAGGUCAUCAAAAUGGUACUCGUUGUUAUCAUAACGUUCACACUCUCGUGGCUGCCGCUGUAUGCGAUAUUCUGCUUCGUCAAAUUCGCCGGAGAUUUAAUUUACGAGGACUCAGUGCAAUCAUUCAUCUUCGGCAUCCUGCCGAUCGCACAGUGGCUCGGAGCAGCCAACUCGUGCAUCAAUCCGAUUCUGUACGCGUUCAUGAACCGCAAGUUUCGGGCCGGAUUCCGUCAUCUGUUUAGAUCGUGCUGUUCCACCGAAGACGUCGAAUGGGACCUUCCGACCACGGUGAUCCGACACGAGGAGUCCCGUGAUCAGAUUUUGCGAAGAAUACGCUCGGAAAAGCAUUUCAUACGUAAUGGAACCAGUAACGGACAUGGACCAGGCCAGCGUCAUCCGCUGCGGCACACACAAUCAACGAGAGUGCCGCAAUCGCGUCGUGGAGUUUGAAGGGGCUUCGUGCCCCAUUAAGAUUAGUUAGUUGUUCUUGCUAAAACGCUCGGAACAAUCGAUAACAAUGGUUUUCAGAACCCUUACAAAUUGGUCGAAACGUAGUCUAGAGAUUGUAUUUGUAUAUUAACGGUAUAUCGAUAGAAAAACUUACAAAGUACAAACAAUAAUACAAAGCAUAGUUGCUGUAGGUGUGUUGCAGAUCUCAGCGAAAAAGAAACAUUCGCCAUCGAAUAGGAACAUAUACUAAAUGCUAACAAAAUCUAUUUUCGUACCGUAUUUUUGUGAUAUUUAUAGAUAAAAGAGGAAAAUCUUUAUUGUGAUUCCCAUUGGAAAUAAAUAAACUUAUAAAGUUGAACAACA